AUGCAUUUACAACACAUUUUAACCUUUGUUUUUGCCCUAUGCAUUACCCUGGUAAUUGGCCAAGAGCGAGAGUGCGCUCAGUUGAGGCGAAGGUGUAAUGAGUGUGUGGCAACUUUAAAUAAUGACAACGAUCGCAAUUUGCCCGCCUUCAAUAGAGAAUGCGCCAUAAUUACCCAAAGAACCUGGCACUGGAGAAACUUAUCGCGUUGUGAUAUGACCUGGUUAAACUGCUUGGGAUGGGAAUCCCGCAUGAACUGCGGUGAAAUUGCUGAAAAAGCUGGCAUGAGGCGCAGGCGUAAUGAUUAA